AUAUAUUUAAUGCUAUUCCACCAAAUUGGUUUGCAAAUAUUUCAAAACUUGAAUAUGAUGGACGACAUUUACUUGAAAGAUUUACGGAACAUGCACAUAACAUUAAAAGUUUAUCAUUUGGAUUUCAUACUUUUACUCAAAAGUUGAUUUCGAAAAUUUCUUCAUUGAUCUCAUUUCAGAAUAAUUUAGUGGAUUUAGAUCUAUAUUUAGGUUAUAACGAAGAUUAUAUCGAUAGUGAUAUUAAUACUUCAGAUAUUUCAGAAGUAAUAUUAACAUUGAUAGAAAAAGUGCAUUCAUUAAAAUCAUUAUCAUUAGCAUCUGGUGGUAAUGGUAUAGUACAAGAUUUUAAAGAAUUAGAAAUGUUGUCACGCCAUAGUAAUUUAGAAAGAUUAAAUUUACGAAAUGUUGAAUUCACGGUAAACGACUAUGAUGAUUUUUCGAUAGACAUAAAAUUUUCUAAACUAGUAUCUUUAGAACUAUUUGAUGUUAGAAUGGCUAGUCAAUAUUCAGAAAAAUCACUUAUUCAUUUAAUUGAACAGAUGAUGAAAAAUUCCAAUUUAAUUAGUUUAGAUUUGGAACCUUAUAUUGGAGAUAAUUAUGAUAAGCUACUCGAAUUUAUUCCGAGUUAUUGUACAG